AUGUCUACGGCCAAGUUAUCCCUACCUCUUGACACUACGGUCAGCAUUGUCGAUAAUGCAGUCCGCCCAUCCACUUCCUCGCCAGCAACCAGCCCACCCCUCACAUCUACCAGAUGUCGCCACCUCCUUAUCUUCGGAUACAACACCUUUCAGUUUUGCUUCUCCAUCGCCAUGUUUUCUCUCCUCUUGCGGCUGAUGUCCGUGCUCCCCAAGAACGUACCGAACAACAACCCACUAUCGGAUGCUAUGGUUCAAAUGCUUUCUGUCGAAGGCUGGAUUCUAGUAGUCUACCUUCAGGCGAGAAGAAGUACGGCUCGGACCCCGGAUACCAUAACGAAUUUGGUAACAGAUCAAGGUCGCGAGGAGAGCUUUUUCGACGGACACAGAUCGCAGCGGCACCAGGAAUGCGGCGACAACCAACUGGAGCCGGAUAAUCUCUCACGCGCCAUGAAAUCGUUCGGAAAUGCGGCGGCCCUUGAAGACGGAAAGGCAGCAGCGAUCGCAAUGACCACGGAUGUGGAGUUAUCGCCGACUCUGCAGUUCGACUAUCGCUUUGUGGUGUUUGAGGUGGUUCUUGCUGUUAUUGUACAUUUGGCGACACUGACUUUAUUCGCAAGAUGGACCAUAGUCAACUUCAGAGCUAUCCGCCAGGCCGCGAGUAUGACCAACCAGAUAGUGGCGAACAACACAUCGCUAUACUCAAACGUGCCCGCACAGACCGUAUCCAGCAUCUGGAGUUGUGUUCAAGUUCAAUCGCUGCCGAUGGAGAUCCAGGAUGUGUUGACGAACGUGACAUUAUGGAAUAAGGCCGAGAACGGAUGCACGCUACAUCGAACAACUAUCGGGUUAGGGAUAUUUGAUCUAUCGGUUAUCAUUGCAGAGUGCCUAAUCAACUUGUUGUGCCUCUCGAUUUUGAUUUUGGUCAGUCCGCGGCGUAUGGCAGCGCGCAAGGCGAAAGGGGUAAGCCAGGGACCAAGCAAUGAGAAAGACAGCUCCACGAUUGGCAGACAGGAAAUCUCGAGCGACAAUACGGAUGUAAAAGAAUCGGCAGACAGACAAAGCGAGGACUUGCCGCACUAUUAUGCAGGCGGCACUAGUGUUGGUCCACCAAGCUAUAAGACAUCUUCGUAUGCAUCGUCAACCUCCUCAACACCAUCCGUACUCAGCUAA